CGCUCGCUCGAGCCGUAUUCGUUGUACGUUUGUCCGCUCGUUCGUUUGCUCCGUUUAUUUCUCGUGCCGACUCGCGUGCAUUUUCGGUUCGUUUCUAAACGUGUUAGUACGCCGUUUCCGUUUUCAAUACCUUGUGUAUUUUUCCCACCGGAUCUCGGUGUAACUUCUGUUUUAAUAAAAAAAAAAUAAUUUAAACCAAAAAUGAGUACAAAAGAAGCAAAAAACGACGUGGUAGAAAAAAUCGCAGAAAACGACGUUGCAGACCCCAAGGCCGACAUCAUCAAGGGAACCAAAAGGCCGGCAGACGACAAAUCGGAUGAAGUAAAAAAACAGAAAAAAGAAGAAAACGGUGACGAAGAAAUUGAAGAAGAAGAAGAGGUUGAGGGUGAAGAAGAUGAGGAAGAAGAAUUUGCUGAGGGAGACGACGAUCUAGAUGAGGCUGAUGUGUGUUCAGAAGAAGACGACGAUGAUGUUGAUGGUGUAGAAGAAGAUGAAGAUGAUGUGUAAACUGAUAAAAUGUACAAUUGAACAAGUCUCUUAAUUUUUAUAUAAUUUAUACAUAGUGCGCAUGUACUCAGUGUCUCCUGUUUGAUAGAAUUUUGAUUUCAAAAUGUAUUUUUUUUUUUUUUUUUUUUUUAUAUAUGAACAUAUAUAUAUAUAUAUAACACACUCACAUACAUAUGAAUGACAAACAAAUGAAUAAGCUUUUCUGCUACUGAGUGACUAAGAUAAAAUUAGCCUUUUUUUAAUUAUUUAAAAACAUGAUUCCUACUAAUUUUUUUCUGUGUACAUGUUCCAAAUCUCUAGUCACUCACUAUCGGUCAAGUUUUGAGCAUGUGCUUUGUGGAAUAAGUUUUUUAAACUUUGGCUAACUGUUGACUGGAAUACUUAAAACUAACUCGACCACUUUUAUGAUUGAUUUUUUUUAUUA